AUGGCGUCAGUUGCUUCAGUCGCCGCGACUGUCACGGCCUCCGCUCUCCCACAUAGACUGACCGCGACUGCCAAGCCUUCCUCAGCCGCACACUCGAGUCAAGCAGACCCUCGUGCUGCCGCGGCGUCUCUAGCUGUUCGCAUGGACUCUCAGGGCGUUCGCUUGCGCGGUAGGCUCGGCAGCUCGUUCGGGGGAGCGUCGGUGCUGGAGCGGCCAGGAUUGGACCAAUCAGGAGGAGAGGACGGCGCUCCGAAGACGGACGCCGGCGGAGAGAUGGGGCAGCUGAAGCAGCGGAUGCGGAACGGAGGCGGAGAUCGGUACCGCGUGCUUCUGUUGGACCACGAGAAGCACACCGAGGAUAGAGUGGCGAAGGUGCUGCCAACAGUGGUGCCGUCAGUCACGGCGGACGACGCGCGGCGGGUAUUCAACGAGUCCAGGGAGCUGGGUCAGGGGCUCGUCUGCGUCGCUAUCAAGGAACAUGCUGAGUUCUAUGCGCAGCACAUGGCUAUGAAAGCUCGCACUCGCGAUACGGGAACAGGAAAAUUCGGCAAGAUCGAAGUUCAGGCGCAGGCCUGCUCUGCGCCACUGUCCUGUCAAGCAGUCCUCCCCCCUGUUUUUCCCGAACUUCCCGCGCCCAUCCCGGCGAGCGACUCAAUUCCUCCCCUCGCCCCUCUGCUUCCUUCUGCACGUGAUUCUUCCGCCACUCUGCUCCCCGCCUCCACGUGGUUCUCCCGACCCUCGCCCUCCGCGGCCGUGCACGAGUAUAAUGGCGGGAAGUUCUUCCAAGCGUCUGAUGCUUUCCUCUUCCGAGGCGGACGCGAAGGUCUCUUCGCAUCCACGCCUGAAGCAGUUCGCCGUUGGGUGGACAUCCCGAGAGGAGUCGCAAACGGAAAAGCGUACAUCCGGUUCGACAACCUAAAGUUCCAUCGGCCGCUUUCCGAGGCUCAGGUGGCACCGAUCGCCGGACAGACGGGGAGAAUCGAGGCGCUGUUGUUCGAGGUGAAGGACCGCGACCGCAUCGGCUAUGCGUCUGCUUCCAACAUCCGCGCGUUCUGCUGCUCCCCCGAGCUUGUUCAACGGACAGGAUGUAACCCUGGACACAUCAUCGUACGGCCGAGAGACGGCGAUAACCAGUGGCCUCGCGUGGUGGAGAUCAACUUUAUCGGCAACGACACGGCGGUGGCGGUGGCGCCGUCGGAGAUCCACAUCACAGCGCCGGGCAUGUACUACCUCUGGUUCGUCAUCUGCGACAAGAGCCUCGCUGGCGUGGCUGUCACCGGGACGACCAUUUGGAAGAACCCAGGCGGGUAUCUGCCCGGCAUGAUGAUGCCUUACCUCAACUUCUACGCCGUCAUGUCCAUGGCGUACCUGGUGCUGGGCGUGGUGUGGUUCAUGCAGUACGCGCGCUUCUGGCGCGACAUCCUGCAGCUGCAGAACUGCAUCACGGCCGUCAUCGCGCUCUCCAUGCUGGAGAUGGCCACCUGGUACUUCGACUACGUCAACUUCAAUGCUGGCGGAUUCCGACCGUAUGGGACGACGAUCUGGGCGGCCACGCUCGGCGCGCUGCGCAAGGCCGUGUCGCGCGUGCUCGUGCUGAUCGUGGCGAUGGGGUAUGGCGUCGUGCGACCGACCCUGGGCGGCCUGUCAGGGAAGGUGAUGGCGCUGGGUGCGGGGUACUUCUGUGCGGUGGAGCUGUUGGACGUGAUGCAGAACGUGGGUGCGAUAGACGACCUGAACAGCAGCGAGCGCCUCUUCCUCGUGCUGCCCGUGGCUGUGCUGGACGCCAUCUUCAUCCUCUGGAUCUUCUCCUCGCUCUCCAAGACUCUCUCGCUGCUGCAGACGAAGCGCACAGGGUCGAAGCUGGAGCUGUACCGCAAGUUCACCAACGGCAUGGCGCUGGCCGUGCUGGUGUCGGUUGCAUGGAUUGCAUAUGAGAUGUAUGUGCGGCUGUCAGACCCGUACAACGAGAAGUGGGAGGCAGAUUGGAUCACGGGGUGCUUCUGGCACCUGCUGCAGUUCGUGCUGCUCUGCGCCAUCUGCGCGCUCUGGGCGCCCUCCCUCAACUCCACGAGAUACGCAUAUUCGGAGGACGUUCCAGAGGAUGAUGAUGACGUUGCGCUUACGUCAGCAUCCGUGGCUUCAGCGAAAGCAGAGGCAGGGUCUGCAGCAGAAAAGAAGCCGAUAAACACGGACGUGUUUUCACUAGAAGAUGAGGUGGAAGAGGGGAAACUGGAGUCGGUUGCAACCCUGUCCAUAUCCGCGUUAUUGUCAUCAAGUGGUGAUGGUGCCACCACUGCAGCCACUGCUGCCGAUCCCGCUACCGUACCAGCAGACACUGAUGAUGAAUCCGCUGCCGUAUCAGAGCAAGUAUCAGAGGACGAUCUGACGCCAGCCAAGGUGGUGGAGCUUUUGGAUCGGCACAUCGUGGGGCAGGCACAGGCCAAGCGAGCCGUUGCCAUCGCCCUGCGCAACAGGUGGCGGCGGAAGCGCAUUAGUGGGGCCAUGCGUGAUGAGGUGAUGCCAAAGAACAUCCUCAUGGUCGGCCCUACCGGCUGUGGGAAAACCGAAAUCGCCCGGCGCCUUGCUAAGCUCAUCCAUGCGCCCUUUGUCAAGGUAGAGGCGACCAAGUUCACAGAGGUGGGCUUUCACGGUCGCGACGUGGAUCAGAUUAUCCGAGACCUGCUGGAGAACGCCAUUCAGCUGCAGAGGCAGAAGGCCCGGGGCAAGGCGGCCAAGGAGGUGGAGGAGGUGGUGGAGAACAAGAUUCUGGACCAUCUGCUGGGCGCGCUACAGCCGGGCGCGACACCCCCUUCCAGGGAGACCUUUCGUCUGCUGUACAGGGAGGGAGUGUUGGACGACAGGCGAGUGCACAUGGAGCUGCCUGACGUCGCUCCCUCGGGUGGUCUGGGCGGGUUCGCCAUCGACAUGUCGGGCGCUGCUGGGCUCAACGUGCAUGACUUCGUGCAGCGGAUGGAGCGAGUGGUGAAGGGAACGCGGAGGGAGAAGAAGGACCUGACAGUGGCGGAGGCAAGGGCAGCGCUGACUGACGCAGAGAUGGAGAAGCGGCUGUCGUCUGAGUCACUCGUGAAGGACGCGAUCCAGGCAACGGAGUCGGAGGGCAUAGUGUUUAUCGACGAGAUUGACAAGAUCGUGCAUUCCAGCGACACGCGGCACGGCGCUGAUGCCAGCGCGGAGGGCGUGCAGAGAGACCUGCUGCCCAUCAUUGAGGGGAGUGUGGUAUCCACCAAGCACGGCAACGUCAACACGGACCACAUCCUCUUCAUCGCCAGCGGGGCUUUCACCGCCUGCCGUCCAUCCGACAUGCUGGCAGAGCUGCAAGGGCGCCUUCCCAUACGAGUGGAGCUUAAGGGGCUCACCAGAGAGGAUCUGUACCGCAUUCUGACAGAGCCUGAGGCGAACAUGAUUCGGCAGCAGCAGCUGCUGAUGGCCACGGAGGGCGUUGAGCUUGUCUUUACCAAGUCUGCCAUCCGGGAGGCUGCUGCCAUGGCUGCUGAGAUCAAUCACACGCUGGACAACAUUGGUGCUAGAAGGCUGCACACGGUGUUGGAGCGGGUGGUGGAGGACAUCAGCUUCCACGCGCCCGAGAAGAAGGGCGAGACAUGUGUGGUGGAUCAAGAGGACGUUCGACGGCCGCUGGGUGACUUGCUGCAGAAGGUCGAUGUGUCCAAGUUCAUUCUGUAA